GCUGCAAGUGGCCAUUGGUGGCACUACCACUUGUCAAAAUUUUUUUCUGCCACGUUAGGUUAUGUCAGCUCUUGAUAUGUUUAGCGCAAUUAAGCCAAACAUUUGAUAAUAAAAAAGUGACGUGUGUGGUGCUUCAAUUACCGGCGAAAUAAUGAAUACCCAAAUUAGCUACAAUUACUUAUUUAUUUUAGUGUUAUCAUUGUACACCAGUUAUGCCACCGAACUGACUUUCGAAUUGCCCGACAGUGCCAAAGAGUGUUUCCACCAAGAAAUCCACAAGAACACGUCCGUCACGCUCGAAUUUCAAGUGGUGACAGGGGGUCAGUACGACGUCGAUGUCAGUUUGCAGGACCCCCGUGGGCAAGUAAUCUACAAACAGAUCAAAAUGCAGUUCGAUUCGCACACAUUUACGGCGGAGCACACCGGCGUUUACGUCGUGUGCUUCAGUAACGAGUUUUCGACGUUUUCCCACAAGUUGGUCUACAUGGACUUUCAAGUGGGGGACGAGCAGCCGCUGCCUGGGCUGGGCGAGCAUGUUACUGUCAUGACCCAGAUGGAGUCUUCGGCUCAGGACAUCCACAAGGCUUUGACCACAAUUCUCGAUUAUCAGACCCAUCACAGGCUCAGGGAGGCUCAGGGCAGGAAGAGGGCCGAGGAUUUGAACGAGAGAGUUCUUUGGUGGUCGAUUAUGGAAACUGUCGCUGUUAUCACAAUAGCAGUAGGCCAGGUUUUCGUUCUCAAAAACUUUUUCACCGAGAGAAAGCCCUUCAAUAUUAAGUGAAUCUUAUUGUUUGAGUGUGUUGUGAUUUCAGUUAUGUAUAUAAUACAAUAAAGUCAGGGGUCAGUUCUCGUUUUAUUUUAA